CUGCCUCCUCCUAGUAGCAGAAGACUGAGGGAGAAAGCAGGGCGCGCUCACGCGUCAGGUUUUGAAAUGUGGGGCACGGUUAGCUGAGGAGCGGACACCACCGUCAUAUAAUUAGGGGGAAGGGGGGGCGCGCUGCUCGUGGACGGUGGCACAUCGAGGCGCGGUCUCUGUCCAGUGUGUCUCGGCGGCGCCGGGAGGCGCUCGGUUUCCUCGGGAUGGCGGAGCUCUGGGGAAGCGGCGGCCCUGAGAUGUAAAGCGGCCGCCUUGCCUGUCUUCUGCGGUCCAUUGAUGAAAGGGGAGCGCCGGGUGUCACCUUCUGUGUCAUCUUGAUCGGAUUUGUGUAGCCACCUCUUUUUUUUUUUCUUCUUCUUCCUCCCUGGGAUCUAAUACCUCCUCGGCUGGACCUCAUUUGUGCAAAAAAAAAUUUGUGUGGUUUCAUUGAAAUCCCCUCUCAGGACCAUGGCCGACGACGACGUGCUGUUUGAAGAUGUGUAUGAGCUCUGUGAGGUGAUUGGAAAGGGUCCAUUCAGUGUUGUCCGAAGAUGCAUCAACCGAGAAACCGGGCAGCAGUUUGCUGUGAAAAUUGUCGAUGUUGCAAAGUUUACAUCAAGCCCCGGAUUAAGCACGGAAGAUUUAAAGAGAGAGGCCAGCAUAUGCCACAUGCUGAAGCAUCCACACAUUGUUGAGCUCUUGGAGACUUACAGCUCUGAUGGAAUGCUCUAUAUGGUCUUUGAAUUCAUGGAUGGAGCCGAUUUGUGCUUUGAAAUCGUAAAGCGAGCUGAUGCCGGCUUUGUGUACAGUGAAGCUGUUGCCAGUCAUUACAUGCGGCAAAUACUGGAAGCUCUCCGCUACUGUCAUGAUAACAACAUCAUUCAUAGAGAUGUAAAGCCACAUUGUGUACUCCUCGCUUCAAAAGAAAACUCUGCCCCGGUCAAACUUGGAGGAUUUGGUGUUGCAAUACAGCUGGGGGAGUCUGGUCUUGUAGCUGGAGGUCGCGUAGGAACACCACACUUUAUGGCUCCAGAAGUAGUGAAAAGAGAGCCCUAUGGGAAGCCUGUAGAUGUCUGGGGAUGCGGUGUGAUUCUUUUUAUCCUAUUGAGCGGCUGUUUGCCCUUUUAUGGCACGAAGGAAAGGUUGUUUGAAGGCAUUAUUAAAGGCAAAUAUAAGAUGAAUCCCAGACAAUGGAGCCAUAUAUCUGAAAGUGCCAAAGACCUGGUGCGCCGCAUGCUUAUGCUGGACCCUGCUGAAAGAAUAACCGUCUAUGAGGCACUCAACCACCCAUGGCUGAAGGAAAGAGAUCGCUAUGCAUACAAGAUACACCUACCAGAAACUGUAGAACAAUUACGAAAAUUUAAUGCUAGAAGGAAAUUAAAGGGAGCUGUUUUAGCUGCUGUGUCUAGCCACAAGUUCAAUUCAUUUUAUGGGGAUCCUCCAGAGGAAUUACCUGACUUUUCAGAAGACCCAACAUCAUCAGGACUUCUAGCUGCAGAAAGAGCGGUGUCACAAGUACUGGACAGCCUGGAGGAGAUCCAUGCGCUCACAGACUGCAGUGAGAAAGAUCUCGAUUUCCUGCACAGUGUUUUCCAGGAUCAGCACUUGCACACACUACUAGAUCUUUAUGACAAAAUCAAUACGAAGUCUUCGCCACAAAUCAGGAAUCCACCGAGUGAUGCUGUACAGAGAGCCAAAGAGGUUUUGGAAGAAAUAUCUUGUUACUCUGAAAACAAUGAUGCAAAAGAACUGAAGCGUAUACUAACACAACCUCAUUUCAUGGCCUUACUACAAACUCAUGAUGUGGUAGCCCAUGAAGUUUACAGUGACGACGCACUAAGAGUAACACCCCCUCCAACAUCUCCCUACCUGAACGGAGAUUCUCCAGAAAGUGCAAACGGUGACAUGGAUAUGGAAAAUGUUACUCGGGUGAGAUUAGUUCAAUUCCAGAAGAAUACAGAUGAACCUAUGGGUAUAACGCUAAAGAUGAAUGAGCUGAACCAUUGUAUUGUUGCAAGAAUUAUGCAUGGAGGAAUGAUUCACAGACAAGGUACCCUCCAUGUAGGUGAUGAGAUACGGGAAAUCAAUGGAAUUAGUGUAGCAAACCAGACAGUGGAACAGCUUCAGAAAAUGCUGAGAGAAAUGCGGGGUAGCAUCACUUUCAAGAUUGUUCCUAGUUACCGCACUCAGUCUUCAUCCUGUGAGAGAGAUUCCCCCUCUACAUCCAGACAGUCCCCAGCUAAUGGUCAUAGCAGCAUUAACAAUUCUGUUUCGGACAUACCGUCAACUACCCAGACAAAAGGACGACAGAUAUACGUCAGAGCACAAUUUGAAUAUGAUCCUGCAAAGGACGACCUCAUACCCUGUAAAGAAGCUGGUAUCAGAUUUAGGGUUGGAGAUAUUAUCCAGAUUAUUAGUAAAGAUGAUCACAACUGGUGGCAAGGCAAAUUGGAAAAUGCCAAAAAUGGUACGGCUGGUCUCAUUCCAUCUCCUGAGCUUCAAGAAUGGCGUGUUGCUUGCAUUGCAAUGGAAAAAACAAAGCAGGAGCAACAAGCUAGUUGUACUUGGUUUGGGAAGAAAAAGAAGCAGUACAAAGAUAAAUAUUUGGCAAAGCACAAUGCAGUUUUUGAUCAAUUAGAUCUCGUCACUUAUGAAGAAGUAGUUAAACUGCCUGCCUUCAAAAGGAAAACACUAGUCCUUCUAGGUGCACAUGGUGUUGGCAGACGACACAUAAAGAAUACACUAAUUACUAAACAUCCUGACAGAUUUGCUUACCCUAUCCCACACACAACAAGACCUCCAAAGAAAGAUGAAGAAAAUGGGAAGAAUUACUUCUUUGUAUCUCAUGACCAAAUGAUGCAAGAUAUCUCCAACAAUGAAUACUUGGAAUAUGGCAGCCAUGAGGAUGCUAUGUAUGGGACAAAACUGGAAACAAUACGAAAGAUCCAUGAACAGGGACUUAUUGCAAUACUUGAUGUAGAACCUCAGGCUCUUAAAGUCCUGAGAACAGCAGAAUUUGCUCCUUUUGUGGUCUUUAUUGCUGCACCCACAAUAACCCCAAGCAUCACCGAGGAUGAAUCUCUUCAACGCCUGCAGAAAGAGUCCGAGAUCCUCCAGAGAACAUAUGCACACUACUUUGAUCUAACAAUUAUCAACAAUGAAAUUGAUGAAACUAUUAGACAUCUGGAGGAAGCCAUUGAGCUUGUGUGCACAGCACCACAGUGGGUUCCAGUGUCCUGGGUGUAUUAGACCAUGCUCGAGAACUAUUGGCAUUUUAUUACUUCUAAACCACCUCGUGCAGUACUUGGAGAAACCUCUUUGUUGGCAUAUGUCAACUGGUCCUGGCCCCUAGAGACUACCUAAAUGUAGUGUGACCUGAAUUUAUAAUUAUUGUUAUGUCCUAAUAGAUGGAAAUGAACUGAGCAAAUUUACAUUUUAAAGAGACAGUAUCUUUCUUUUUUCUUUUUUUCUUUCCUUUGUGUUAAACCAUACAUUUUUUUAAAUAUCUGCAUUAUUCAAUUCUUUGGAAUGUUAUAUUUUUUAAAACCAUAGCUUUUUUUCAAAGGCCUCUGAAAACUGCACAAGUGAUAUGCUGCUUUCUAUAAUCUAUUUUAAUAAUGGGAGUUUUCAUUAAUUUAGCAGGGAUGAAACACUAUGUUUUAGAGUCAGUGGGCCAAUAGUAAAGGCAUAUUUAAUUGAUUUACACUAAAUAGCCAUCUAUUGAAAGAGGAGAUACCACAUAUUUAAUGGCCUUUUUCAUUUACUGCUUACAAUAAUAGUUUUAUUUGAUACUGUCUCUUUGAAGAGGUCUGUAAACAAUAUAGAGAUUUAAAACCGGGUCUUAAUGCAUGUGGACAGUCGCAAGCGUUUAUACUGUUGGUGUGUCUGUGUUGAACAAAACUGUAACUUACAGAAACAUACAUUCCGUUCAUGGGAAACCGUACCCGAGGGAAUUAAAUAAAAUUAUUAUAACCGAGUUGUAAACCUAUGCACAUCCCUUGCAUUUUGGGCAACUUUAUAAAAAGAAACUGAUUUUUAUUAAUAAUCAUGUAGUGAAAUGUGUUUGUAAUUUUGUCUCAAUUUAAUUUUUGUUGUAAACAGGGAAGGGUUAUAUCAAUUUUUAUUUUUCCGUUUUCCCUCCAUUUUGGGUCUGUGUUGUCAAGAGAGUAUUAAUGUAUAAUUAAGUUGUAAGGAAUUUUUUUCCUCUCUUAUGCAUAUGUAAUUGUUAACAAUGCACAAAAUUUUAAGAGUUAUAUAAUAAAAGGUUUUUGGGGACCUCUACGAAAAUCAAGAAUAUUCCAUUUGAAUGAAAGUUAAAAAGAAAAAGAGAAAAAAAAAUGCCCUGUAAAUUCUGAAUUAAAUCAAAGCUUAACCUGACCAAUAUUUUACUAUUUUAUUUUUUAUAUAUAAUUUCUUUUAUGUGUUCAUUUAUUUGCCUUUUCUGUCAUUCAUUUAUUGUGACUAGGAAAUACAUUUUAUUCUGGUGGCACAGUGGAUGAUUGUACAGGUAGUUUGUCUAGUGGAUUCAUAUUAUAUUUGGUCUCAAGGAUGUUGCUAAUGGGUUCAUUUUUACCCUGCAUCUCUUCUCCUUUUAUUGGCACAAUAUCCAAAAAAAUUGAAGCACAAGGUCUACAACAAGUAAUCAUAAUGGUUAUUCACCAGUUAUUUAAAAUAUAUAUACAUAUAUAUAUAUUUUUAUGCAGAAGGCACCAGGCGAAAUAGAGUAAUAUAGGCAUUGUUGGGUGGAGAUAUUCAAUCUGCUUCCUACCCAAUUCUACGCAGCUAAAAUCUUGUUUCUUAUAUCUUGUUACAUUUGCAUUUGUUUAUAUUUUUAAUUUCUUAAAAAA